AUGUCUACUCAAAUAAAAUCUAUCAUACCUUCUCACAAACCUCUCCCUGCACUUCCAACGGAAAAAGAAGAGUCACAAGAAAUUAUGAACCAUUCAAAAUUAAAUUCAACUAAUCUUCCUCCACUACCGCAAUCUAAUGACUUAAUGUUGGAUAGUAGUUCGCUUGGACAUAUUCGAAAACUCUUAAGGCAAACCUUAAAUAAUUGCAAUUUAGCUAACGAUCCUUGGGAAUCAAUAAUUCUGGGAAUUAUACUUGAUAUUUCUGGAAUUGUAAUUAAAGUUAUCGAUGGUUUACAAUCAAGUCCGACUGCUUCUGAUAAUCCCGCUACCGAAAACACUGGAUUAGAAUCAAGUUCUGAAUCAGAAUACAAUCGCAAGUCUCUGGAAAAAUUCGUUAUCAAUAUUAAAAAGGAUGAUAAUGGAAAACCAACAGACUCACAAUUUAUUUUUAAUUAUUUUGAAGGCACACCUUUAUUUAAGCAUGAAUUAGAUGAAGGACUGGAUUCUUCUAAAGAACCAAAAAAGCGAUGGGUAGGUGGUACCAUCGUUCUUAAAGGUGCUAAGAGAAAUGGGGUAGAUAAAAUAAUUGAACUUAUGGUUUUCGUUGUGUGUAAUCUAAAGUUGGAAAUGUGUUUAUAUCGAGAUCAUUUUGUUAGACGCGAUGAAGUUGAGGAUAUCCAGGAUGCUGAAGAGGUUAAAAACACAUUGCGAUCUUCUAGACGUCGUUCAAAAUCAUCUUUAUUUGGAUGGACUUCAACAUUAACUUCAACAUUAACUUCAACAUUCACUUCAACAUUAACUUCAACAUUAACUUCAACAUUCACUUCAACAUUAACCAAGGAACCUCUUUCUGUUGUUGAUUGUGAUGAUGAUACGAUAAUGUUAACAAAAAACACUUUUGCUAAUGUAAUUAAUCAAAUGGAAACAACUAUUUUAUCUGCAUCUCCUGGAGUAAAAUUUCCGCCUCCACAUUUACUGAUGAGAUUAGAAGAGGAAGAGACUAAUGUUAAUUCGAAUAUCGGUGAUAUUAACGUAGAUUUUGAUACCAUUUCGACUGAAAAAUAUCGGACUUAUGCGCCGUUAUUCAGGUCUGGACAGGUAUCCCUAGAUUUCAAAACUGGUCUUUCAUAUCUUAUGACUCGAAGUAAUAAUACACUUAAAGGUGUAUUUAAGCAUCAAUCAAUAUCGUUUUCAUAUGCCAGAUUUUGGUCACCAAAUUCACCUGUUCUUUGUCACAACCAUGAGAUUAUUACGAUGGAUUAUUAUAAUAGGACCAAUUCUCACAUGGAUAAGUCCCUUGGUGAAUUGAUCGAUGAACUGUGCGACAAAGCUUAUGAUAUAUGUGAAGAUAAAACAUGUGAACAUCGAGGAAUUGAUCAUGUAUCCACAUAUACACAUAACAAUGGAAGAAUAAGUAUUAUCGUUGAAGAAUCACCACCAGAUCCUAAUUUGAAAACUUUCACUAAUAAAAUUGUUAUGUGGACUCAAUGCAAGUUAUGUUCUGCAAAAUCACCUAUAUUUAUUAUGUCGUGUUCGACAUACCUUUACUCUUUUGCCAAAUAUCUCGAAUUAUUAAAUUAUAACGAAGAUUUCAUCUGCAAAGAUUUAUGUCCGCACGUUGAAUUACGUGAUCCAUUGCUUCGGUGCUUUCGUAAAGGAAAUUUUGUUGUAAAAAUAGAAUAUGAGCAUGUAGACCUUUUUGAAAUGCGAUUGCCAAAAGUUCAAAUAACUCUAGAUAAGCAAGCUGCGUCUUCGGUAGAAGAUGUCGAAAAACUUUUCGUUAUCGAUUAUGAAGAUGCACAAAGGUUAUAUAAUGAAACUAGAUUGGAAAUUACCUAUUUUUAUCUUUCAGUAAAACAACAUAUUACUUCAUUGGAAGAUUAUCUUCGAUCUUUACAUAUAGAACAAACCAACAGCAAUGUCGAAGCCACCGUGUCCGAAAAAACUAUUCAUGCAAUUCGAACAUUAGAUGAAAUGACAAGGAAUUUUUAUGAAGACGAAUUCAAACUCUAUGAUAUGUUGAAAAAAACAAAUGCAACAGUUCUAAAUAAUGCUCGACGAACUUUAGUUGAUCGGUUCAAGGCGACAAAAAAACAAAUUUCCGAUACAUGCCAUGUUUUUCCUGAGUCGCCUAUUAUAACCAGAGAAGAUGAACCAAGUUCCAUUAUUGCCUUUACAUUGAGUUCGCAAGGAUAUUUAAAUGAAUUGUCAAUAUUGCGUUAUGAUAGAAAACGGCAAUUAUCACAAUCGGCUCCUGUAACACCUGUUUCGGAGUUUCACGCGCCAACACCAUCAGCAUCUUUUUCCUUAUUACUUGGUUCAUUAAAGAAUCCGUCUUCGUCGGAUAUCUCUAAACAUAGUGAUUCUGACAUAGAUGGCGAUGGAUCUCAUUCUACAGAUGAAUAUUCCAUCAAGACAAAACGAAAGAUCAUAGAAUAUGGAUUUAGUGACAAAAUCACCUAUGGUAUUGAGUCCCUUGGGUCGAUUAAGCCAUUUAAUUUAACUUUAACUGGUAUAAUAGAUAAGAAGAAAGAUUCCGAGAAAGAUAUGGAAAAAGGUGCUCCACAGCGAAAUGGGAAGUUUCCAAAUCUUUUUGGAAGCAAUAAUACUGAUCCAGAAAAAGUUAAAGACGUAAAAGAUGAGAAGCCGGAGAAGCCGGAGAUUAGUGUUUCCGAAGCUAAAAAUGGGCUAAGUGAGAAGGAGAAUUUUAAAGUUAAACCUACUUCUCUUCCAUGGACCCGGAAAAAUCAAAGACAAAAAGAUCAUGGCAGUCCACAUAUAAAACAUAAGGCCAUUCAUGGAAAUAAACGAAUCACUUGCACAGUAUACUUUGCAGAACAAUUCGAUUGUUUACGGCGUAGAUGUGGCAUCGAGGAUAUUUAUGUGGAUUCAUUGUCUAGAUGCACCUCAUGGAAAGUAACCGGAGGUAAAAGUGCUAGUACAUUUUUUAAGACGCAAGAUGACAGACUAGUCAUAAAACAGAUGGUUAAUUCUUGGAAAAUUUCGGAAAGAGAAGCCCUAUUACAAUUUUCUCCAAAAUAUUUAGAAUAUAUGAAUCAAUCUUCAGAUAAACCUUCAGUAUUAGCAAAAAUAUUUGGAUUUUAUAGCAUAAAAAUAAAAGAUCUUAAAAAGAAUAAUAUUAUAUUGAAAAUGGAUGUUCUUGUAAUGGAGCAAUUAUUUUCUGAAAAAACUAUAACAAGAAAAUUUGAUUUGAAAGGGAUACAAGAACGUCAUACAAAAGAACAUCUAGAUGAUGCUACAUUAUGGGAUGGUGAUUGGGUAGAUGGUCAAUAUAAAUCAAGAUUUUUGACAUAUUCCUACAGCAAAAAACUUCUUAGAGAAGCUAUAGCUAAUGAUACACAAUUCUUGUGUGAUGCGAAUAUCAUGGAUUAUUCAUUAUUAGUUGGAGUUGACGACGAAAAGAAGGAAUUGAUUGCAGGAAUUGUUGAUUUUAUUGGUGAAUACACAUUUUAUAAAAAGAUUGAAUCCCGUGGAAAAACGCUUGGCCGUAACGCAAAAGAAGUUACGGUAAUACCACCAGAUCAAUAUAAAGAUAGAUUCCGAGAUUCAAUAGAGCAAUACUUUUUAGCUAUACCAGACAAAUGGACAAAAACAUAUAUAUUUGAUAACAGUCCACGGUCGGAUGAGCAAAAUCCACCUCCGUCACCGAUUUCACCAAUUUCACCAAUUACACAAAUCCCUCUUUCAUUUAAAUUACCAAGUGUACUAUAA